GAAGUUUUUUGCCAUUAUAAAAAAAUUAACCUACAAUUUCAAAACAAACCUACUCGAUGGAAAAAUAAAAAUGGGACCCAAAAAGGAAAAUGAGUGAGGCUAAUUUUGAAGUCUGACAGUUUUUUCUUAUCCUAAGAUCAACCCCACUGUAUUCUUCCUCUCGCUACCGUUGAUUCGUCCACAAUUUCCACGACCCAAUCCUCCCCUCUCCCAUCAAUCAUUGAAAAACAAAACCGGACGGUCGCUUUCUUCUUCUCCUUCCCUUCGCUCUUCCUUUUUUCAUCUAAUCUCAUAGCAGUUCUUUUCUUCUUCGCUAAAUGGAUCGAAGUCUUCAAGCAGUUAUUGCAGCAAUCUUAAGCUUCUUUUUAGUCUCUAUAGUCUUAGCUUUCCUCAUCUUAAUCUGCAAAUCAACUAAAAAGUCCACCCGCCCAAACCCUCCUCAAACCCGGUCCUUAAACCGAACCCAACCCGCCCCUAAUCCUCCCGAUCUCACCACAUGCGACAGCGCCGCCUUCGACCCCUCUCUCAAACGUCUUGACAUGGCGGAACUAGCUUCCGCCACGAAGAACUUCUCCUCCGACCUCAUCAUUGGCGACGGUAGCUUCGGAAUAGUUUACAAAGCUACCCUCUCUUACGGUGUCACCGUCGCAAUUAAAAAACUCGACCCAAAUGCCUUUCAGGGGCUCCGGGAGUUCCGAGCUGAGAUGGAAACCCUAGGCAAGCUGCGUCACGACAACAUCAUCAAGAUCCUCGGGUUCUGUUCUUCGGGUGUGGAUCGGGUUUUGAUAUAUGAAUUCAUUGAGAGAGGAAGCUUGGACCAAUGGUUGUACGAUGAGGAACAAGAAAACACGAUUGGCCGUUUAACGUUAUCUUGGGAUACGAGGAAGAAGAUAGUGAAUGGGAUAGCUAAUGGUCUGGCAUAUUUACAUGGCCUUGAUACGCCCAUUAUCCACAGAGAUAUCAAGGCUAGCAAUGUCUUGCUGGAUAGCGAUUUUGAGCCCCAUAUCGCUGAUUUCGGACUCGCUCGGCAAGUCAAAGAGGCCCAUUCCCACGUAUCCACACAAGUCGCUGGGACUAUGGGAUACAUGCCGCCCGAGUACCGUGAAGGAAACACUGCUGCGACAGUGAUGGCCGAUGUUUAUAGUUUCGGGAUAUUAAUGAUCGAGAUUGCCACCCAAAAUCGUCCCAAUUGGCCGGUGAGGUUCGAGGGGAAAGAUAUGGGACUAGUGGAGUGGGCUAGAAAAAUGGUGGCCCAAAAUCGACAAAUCGAAAUGAUAUAUCAAAAGAUCCCAAAUAAAGAGUUAAUCGAGGAUGAGGUUAAGGAGUAUUUCCGAAUUGCAUGUAUGUGUACAAAUGAACUUUCCAAAGAAAGGCCUGUCAUGAGCCAAGUUGUUGAGCUGUUGAGUCGAAUUUCUUCAUGAACUUGCAAUGGGGAAAAUGAUGAUUGUCUUGAGGUUCAGUUUGCCAUCUUUAUUUACUUUGCCGGUAAGGGUUGCUUUUGCAUUUUACUUCUAAAUUGGCACUGAAUUCUCCAAUAAACAAGGGAAGCCUCCUCGUAUCAUAAAUUAUUCAUGAAGCCCAAAGAACGAAGAAAUAUCCAAAAUCAAUUGAGACAACGCAAAGCCAACCUAGCUAAUCAGCAAAAGUUAGCAGGUGCCAGUGGUGGUUCAACCAGUAGUAGUCAAACAAUCAACAACAGUGGCGAUAGUGGAGACCCAUGGUGGUGACCUGUCAUAAUUUGAUACGUCAAAUUAAGAUCUCUAUUACAUUUAAAGAGCUUAUUCUCAAACAAUUUAGGUGUCUUUAUUUACUUUUUUCCAUUUUUAGUUUUUGUUGUUAAUAAAUUGUUUUUUGUGAGUUUUAUGCUCUUUUAAGACCCAAAUUGGUCAACGUGCCAUGGGAAAUCUAACAAUGUGCUUGAGUGGUGUAAGGAGUCUAUAAUGGAAUGAACUUGAAGAAAGCAUCACUUAGAAUGUGGGUAUCACAAUAUCAAACCAUGAAAGUCGUGAUACCUUUGACAAUUUGGAAGUGUGGAAAAUUGAGGCCAACUACAGUGAUAUUAUGAUACUAGAGCAUGGGUAUCUUGAUACCAAGAUCCCGAUACUGAGAUCCCCAAGUCACUCAAGUUCAACACUUUUUUUGGUAUAGCGAUACUGUUGCCUGACAGGUGAAAACACUACAGGGGCAAUUUUAUGUCCAAGUAAGCUUAAGUCUUUUGUUUUCAUUUAAGGGAAUAAUUAUCAAUGUUAGGUUAAAAGUUAGUAGACUAUAAAUACUACUUUAUAAGCUUUGUAUUUUCAGAAUUGGUGGUUGAAAAAAUUUUUCUCUUUAGUUUUCAUAGUUUUAGGUUAGGAUUUUCUUUUAUUUUCACUUUAAAUUAGGUUUUCUCUUUUCUUUUUAGGCUAGAUUAUAUUUUUGUUAUUCCAUUUCUUUCUCAUUGUUGAAGGCUAUGUAAAAGGGAGAUGAUGAAACUUUUGGGCUUCGUUGGAUUCCAAUCAAUUUAAUGACCAUUUCUCAAA